AUGUCAGAACACGAUCCGUUCCGCACAGGUGGUUCCUACUUCACGUCCCCAAGAGUGGCGGUUAGGGCUGAAGACACUUGGGCAUUACAGACACCAGCCUGCUUUAAGAAGCUGAAGCUAGUUUGGGUCCCAGGUAACAAGGGAGUAACAGAUAAUGAAAAAGCAGGAAAGCUUGCUCACAAUAGUGCUCAGCCACCUUUUAUGGGGUCAGAACCUAGAUUAGGGGUUUCAAAGAAUCGUCUACACUAA